GGGCCGCCGUCCCCGCCGCGGUUCCCGCCGCUGCCGCCAUGGAAGAGCAGAAGGAGAACUGCCCGGAGGCCGCCCCGGACGAGGCGCGGGCGCCGCCCGCCCCCGCAGCCUGCCCGCCGGGUAGGCAGCAUUGUAGGAUCAAUGAUCAAGAAACUAAUGGCAAAACCUCAGCUGCCAGUUCAAAUGACUUCAGUGAUCCUGUUUACAAAGAAAUUUCUUUAACUAAUGGUUACAUCAACAGGAUGACCAGAGAAGAGCUCAGAAGUAAACUUGCAGAGUUCAAGCUUGAAACCAGAGGGGUGAAAGAUGUACUGAAAAAGAGACUGAAAAACUAUUACAAGAAACAGAAGCUGAUGCAGAAGGAACACAUUAGCAGAGAGAGCUGUUACGACUACAUCUGUGUCGUUGACUUUGAAGCAACAUGUGAAGAAGGAAACCCACCUGAAUUUGUACAUGAAAUAAUUGAGUUUCCUGUUGUCUUAGUAAACACACGUACCUUGGAAAUAGAGGAUACCUUUCAACAAUACGUGAAGCCAGAGAUUAAUCCCAAGCUUUCAAACUUCUGCAUCAAUCUGACAGGAAUAACCCAGGACAUUGUUGAUAAAGCUGAUACUUUUCCUCAAGUUCUGCAGAAUGUCGUGGAGUGGAUGAGACAGCGAGAGCUGGGAACAAAGUAUAGCUAUUCCAUGUUGACAGACGGAUCUUGGGAUAUGAGUAAAUUUUUCAACAUCCAGUGCCGUAUUAGCCGUAUCAAAUACCCUUCUUUUGCCAAAAAGUGGAUCAAUAUUCGCAAAUCAUAUGGGAACUUCUAUAAGGUUCCUAGGAACCAGACCAAGCUGACAAUCAUGCUUGAAAAGCUGGGCAUGAAUUAUGAUGGGAGACCUCACAGUGGACUUGAUGACUCUAAAAACAUUGCAAGGAUAGCUAUAAGGAUGCUGCAGGAUGGCUGUGACCUGCGAGUGAACGAGAGGAUUCAUGGUGGACAGCUGAUGACAGUCUCCUCCUCAGCCCCCUUAGAGGGAGCCCCUGCUCCACAGAUGCCCCGCUACAGAAAUUAGCAGUUCAGCGGUUCUGCCUCAGGAACUGCCCUCAGAUACCCACAGAAGACUGAGUAGAGCUUAUUAAACAGCCACCUCUGCCAGCUCGUCUGCCAUGCAGAAUUCUAAAGCACCUUAACUAACCAUCUCCAUUGAAACCAAGAGGAGUGUGGAAGCUCUCUGAAGCCUGUUACAGCAAUUUUUUUUUUAUACCAAUGAUUUUUGUUUUUUCAAACUUUGCUAGAACUAAGGGUGAUGUGCAGAAUCCCUAAGCUUUUGAGAGCACGUAAUUUAAACACCUGCAAAGAUGGAUUGCUGCCGUUCCACCCCAGCCUGUGGGUAGUAUUUAUUCACUGUGCUGUGCUCUAAUCAUAUCUAGCAUCUGCUUAUUCAUUGCACACAAAUAAGCCAUUGCUGGAAGAACUGAAAUAGCAAGUGGUCGGGCUGGCCUUUCCUGAUAAGGCACUCUUCCAGGAGUUCCUGCCAAUUUUUUUUGGUUUUUUUACCAAGUCUAGGAGAAAUGGGAGCAUGCUCAUCAAUUCUAAAGCAGUAGAGAAGUACUCUGGUGUUCAGGGCUUAUCUUUAAGGGAUAUGUUUGUCUCCUUCCCCAUCAAAUAGAAGAGCUGGGAAUUGAAUAAAAAUUUUGUUAAUGCAAUAUGAUAGUAUUUUUUUUAACAUGUAUUUUAAAAGAGAAGAUUCUUCAGAUUUUCACUUUGAGGAUCACAUCUCCUACUCCUGCUAUACUCAUAGCUGCCCUUCAUUUAAUGCCACUUUUAGACGCUGUCAGCCAUUUGGGCUUAAACAUGAGUGAAGUAAAAGUAAGUUCAAAACAUG